CUCACAGCCACAGUGCGAGGAAACUUCGCCAAGCAACUUCAAUGAGACUUUCUGCUCUCUGUGAGGAUGUGACUCCAAACGGUUGCUCGGCGCGUUUUUCUAGUUUGUUGCACGGACACGCAAACCUAAACUCCGCCGGAGCGAGUAAGUUUGUGGAGCGAGCGAGUUUUUCAGCGGGAUCGAUGGCGCUGCAUCUGUGAGAAAACGCACAAAGAAUGUUACCGGAUUUGAAAUCGCGCUGCUUGUGAUUCUGAAGCCGUUACGCAUGGAACUAUGAACGAUCCGGAGCUCACGCCGAUCUCCAAGGCGCAGCAGCGAAUGGCUUCGGCUUUACCCGGGGAAGAGAGCCCUCUGUCCGGCAGCGUGUGCAGACCCGAGCGCAACGGGAUCUUCUUCAUUCACUGCUUCAUCUGUGGGAGCGGAGUAACCCCGGGGAAAGAGCUGAGCCUACAGGUAAAAUACCAACGAGAAAAGGAUGGCCCGUUUUUCCCUUUCCUGCAAGGCCAGGACCCUGCUCCCGGCGCUCCGGAGAUCGGUCCGGAUGGGGACGCUCUGGUGUGCGCGGUGUGCCACUGCUUCCUGCGCGAACAGUGGAACUCGUUCGAGCGCAACAGGACGCCGAUCGAGAAGCGCAUGUACUGGCUCAAGAGACCAUACCAGUGCGACCUACGGAACAUUACAUACGAUCUGGAGAGGAGAAUGAGCGUUGGCAACUACGACGCCAACGACUCGGACAUUUCCUCAUUCUCUGACAAUGACCUGUCCGAGCAGGACUUGGACCUGUCAGCGUGUGUAAUGAAUAGCAAUAACGUCACGGGUUUCCGUGCGUCCAAUAAAGCGCCGAGAGAAGGCGGCAGAAAAAACCCAGUGAGCGUUAAGAGCAGUCCAGAGUCAGCGCGAUAUCCGACCGGAGUUUACACAGGUCAGGACGCACUGAAAUCAGAUCGGCGUGCGACUAAAAUCGUCAAUCACACAUCGCAUUCAUCCGUGUCCGCGGCUCUCCAGCAGUUUGACACUCUGUCAGUGCGCGCACCGCUGCAGGAAAACGGCAUCAUUACGUGCGAUAAGCAGUGGAUACAUGCGUCCACCGGUGAUUCGGACGCGCCUGACAGCUGCGAUGUCAACAUCACCAGCGAUGACGAGGGAGAGCACGCAGCAUCAUCUCACUUGGAGACAGAGAGGAGCCAAGCAGCCAAAUGUCGCUCCAGUUUUUCUUCCGAUGAAUGUGCCUGUUAUAUUUGUGGAAGCAGGCUUCCAUCAGGAGGCCGCUUCAGGGUGUUUGUGCAAAAGCAGGAGAGAGCAUCCAGCGAACCAUUCUUCCCUUUUUUGUGGCUCCAUACCCCUCCACCUGGUGCGGUGCCCCUCAGCCUGGGUGGAUACACUCUGGUGUGUACCACUUGCCACUCCUCCCUCAUGCAGCAGUGGCAAGGGUUCGAGCUAGCGGAGGUUCCUGUUCUCCAGCGGCUCUACGUGGUGCCCCUCAACGCGGGCGCUGCAACCCCUCUUUCUCCACCUGCCAAGAAUGAACGCGGGGAUGGACUACCAAAAAUCCAUCCGCUCCCCUCCGUGCCACAGAAUCGCAGGGAGGCCUGCUACCUGUGUGGAGAGGACUGCGCUCAAGAGGUCAGGACGGCAUACAUCCAUGUUGGUGCAAGUAAAGCCCGCAAUGCGAUGUAUUUUCCAUUCAUAAAUUUGCUACCAUGCCCUCCAAAUGCUCAGAGAAUGCGGAAUGGAAGGGUACACUGCUGUGUCGCAUGUCACAGCAUCUUGGAAGGGAUCUGGGCAGAGUACUGCCUCUGUCUGAGUGAGGAGCUCAUUACUUCCGUCACCACGUUCCUUGAGAGAUACCACCUGGCCAUGGGAAGGGGAGGAGUCUUGAUAUCCCCCCCCAGAGGACCCCUGUCGACCCCUUCUCAGACCGCCACGACAACCGCAAGCCACACCUCCAUCUGUUACUUGUGUGGGGAGGAGCUGUCAGGAGGAACCGAGUAUCAACUUCACGUUAACCCUCCAGGGCGUUGUGGGGAGAGAGAACCCUUUUUUCCCUUUCUAACUGUCCACCCUCCCGCUCCCCGUGCCCGCCCUGCUGAUGCCACGGGCCUUGUGUCAGCUUGUGCCCUGUGCUAUCAUGACCUACUGGGCCAGUGGACCCAACAUGAGAGUCAGGGCUCAGAAUCAGGCCCGUCCAGCAGCCCCUGGGCACGACAGUAUAACUGCAACACUUUCAUCUGCUUCUUCUGCAGGAAAGAGAAGAAGAGACCUCUCGGACUGAAGGCAGUGCGUGUUGACCGCUUGCCUGUUUUCCUCUAUGCUCCAAGGGUCAGCCAGACCCUGGUAAUUGACAAUGGCAAACAGUUAACAAUUGGCUCCUGUGUGGAAUGUAAGUCCAUGGUGCUGGCUGGGCAGAACAUGAAGCCAGCUAGUGGAAUCGCACAAAACAAGGGUUCGAUGGUGGAGGAGUCAGCCAGCGGCAGCAAGGAUGCAGAGGCCAGACCACCAGUAGUUACUGUGGCAGACGUGUCAGAUCAAGACCACACAACAUCAUUUGAACCUAGAAUGUCUUCUGCUACCUCACCUCUGUGUAGCUUGAAAGUGGAAAAGGCAGACAGCUCUGUGCCCAGCAUGAGCCAUGAGCCAAAGUCACCAUCCUUAGGCAUGAUUUCCACAGCGACCCGCACCACGGCGACAGUCAGUCCCCUCACCCCAUCACCCCUCAACAGUUCUAUUGUGCCCAAUGGCAGUCCUGCGUCUCAGUCCGCCCACUCGGGAUUUGCUGCUGCUCUCCGCAAGCUGGCCAAGCAAGCAGAAGAACCCAGAGCAGGAUCUUCCAUCAGCAGUGAAUCGUCCCCUGUCUCAUCUCCAGCCACUAACCACAGCUCCCCAGUCAGUACGCCCAAGCGAGGCCCCAUGGGUCCAGUUAUAGUGCCUCCUGGGGGCCACAGUGUACCCAGUACCCCACCUGUUGUCACCAUAGCACCCACCAAAACCGUCAACGGCCUAUGGAGGAGCGAGAGCCGUCCUGUACGAGAGGUUGAGUCAGGUCCUCGCGGAGUCAGCCGGGACAGGUUAAGUUCAGAGGCUUCUUCUACCCAAGAGAAAGGAGGUCCCACUGUCCCAGCCCACCUAAUUGGAAACCCUUACGCAUUCGGCUUGACACCAGCGACAGUAAUGCAGGACUCACGCUUUCAGCCCCUUAACCUGCCCCGUCAGAUGCCCCAUGCUGUUCCCCCGGCCAGUGUUCCUGAAGAAUAUCUUAGGGGGUUUCGUCCUUACGCCACAGCUGAGGAGCUCCGCAUGCCCUCUUUACCCCUGGGGCUUGAUCCUGCCACUGCUGCAGCUGCUGCAGCUUACUACCACCCUGGAUAUCUGCCCCAUCCCUCCUUCUCACACUACAGAAUGGAUGAUCCAUUCUGUCUGUCAGCGCUGAGGUCACCAUUCUAUCCACUGCCUGCAGGGGGUGCCCUACCUCCUCUUCACCCAUCUGCAGUACACAUGCACCUGCCUGGGGUGCGUUACCCUGGAGACCUAAGCCACGCCUCACUUUCCAGUUUACAGUCGGAGCGCUUGUCAGAGAGACUCCAGAUGGAGGAUGAGCUGCGACAGAGAGAAAGAGAGCGCGAACGGGAAAAAGAGAGAGAACGAGAGGCUGAGCGAGAAAAAGAGCGUGAGCGAGAAAGGGAGAGAGAGAAGGAGCUGGAGCGUGAGAGAGAGAGAGAGAGAGAGAGGGAGAGAGAAAGGGAAAAAGAGAGAGACCGUGAACGAGAGAUGGAGCGACAAAAGGAGAGGUCAGCACGAGAGAAGGAGAGCCACUAUUUGGCUGAGCUUCACGGGCUGAGAGGCCCUCCAGAUGACAGAGCCAAACCUGCAGACAGAAUCACUACUAACAGACCUGAUAAAACCAAAGAGCCCAUCCUUACAACCCCUAAACCAAUUCAGCCUGGACUUCACCAUUCUCUAAACUCCACCCAUCAUCCCGUGCCCAGCCUUGUCUCUGCUCAUGGCAUGUAUCUGGGACCUGGAGGGGCGGGACCUGCCAGUCUGACAGCAGCCACCAUGCUGCAGCGUACAAAUGAGGAGGAGCGCUGGUUGGCCCGGCAACGGAAGCUAAGGCAAGAGAAAGAGGACAGGCAGUACCAGGUUUCAGAGUUCCGUCAGCAGGUCCUAGAGCAGCACCUGGACCUGGGCAGACAGGGGGAAAUUGCAGACCUGCAUAUAGAGGGACACAGACCUAUACCAAGCCAUCACGAGACCAACAGCAGAGAUCGUGAGAGAGACAGAGAUGGCCAUCCUCUUCUGGGAGCUCCACCCCCUCUCAUCUCCCCAAAACACCAGCACAAAGACCAUGCUCCCCCACCACCAACCACACUUUGGAACCCUGCAUCGCUCAUCGAGACCUCCACCGACUCUAGACGCACCUUGCACGAGCCUCAGAGUCUGAGUCACUAUGAUAUUAGUCGGCUUCCCCUGCCCCCCUCCAAACAUGACCGGCAUUACAGCUCUGAAAAGCUGGAAGAGGGAUCUCGGAAAAGAGACAGUCUGGAUAAAUAUCCCCCCAUCCAGCCCAGUGGGUUCUCGGAGUCAAACACUUUCCUAGUGGAACUGGAAAAGUCCACUCAUAGCUUCCUGAACCAGCAGAGGACACCACUAAGUAUGUCAGGGCCAUAUGGAGAGCUGAAUGCAGGCCUGAAGUCCAGCGGGUGUUUUAAGAGCCUUCAUGGGCAUUCACGUCUUGCACCAGAUGCCAUAUUAGUGUAUGAUGAGUUCCUGCAGCAGAACAGACAAGCUGUCAGCAAACUUGACUUGGAAGAGAAAAGACGCAGAGAAGCCAGAGAGAAAGGUUAUUACUAUGAGCUGGAUGAUUCUUAUGAUGAAAGUGACGAGGAAGAGGUGCGAGCUCAUCUCAGAAGGGUCGCAGAACAGCCGCCGCUCAAGCUAGAUGAUUCCACUGAGAAAGUGGAGUUUCUGCAGAUGUUUGACUUGACGACGCUGGCCCAUCGUGAGGAGAUGAUGGAGGUGAAGAGGAGGAAGAGGAGGCGCAUGCUGAGAGAGAGGAGUCCUUCCCCGCCAGCGGUUCAGACCAAGCGACCUAAUCCUGCCCCGCUAAUAACCCGUUUCACCCCAGAGGACAUGAACAACAGCCCUGAGUUAGAGGAAAAGAAACGCUUCCUCACCAUCUUCAGCCUCAACCACAUCACUCAGCAGCAGAGAAGAGAUAAUGAGAAGGUAGAGGAGUUGUUGAAGGCCAUAAAGCAAAAGAGCGUGACUCUAGACAGCAUCAGACACAACCCUCACCCGCUGUGCAGGAGCCCUGCAGCCCUAUGCUCAGACCCGUCGUCUCAUUCUCCAGUCCAAUCGGAUGAACUGCUGAAUGGACGGCCUCCCAGUCCCUCCCCCUCUGUGUCUGCGCCCCAGCCCCAAGCGGAACCCCUCUCACACUUGGAUCAGCACAGAUCUCUCUCAGAUCCCUUAAGACUGAAAGACUCUUCCUUGCCCGUUGCAUUACCUGACAAAUGUCGAGCCAAUGACAGCGUCCCAGGCAAGAGCUCUAGCCUGCUAAACAGUGUGCGACAGCCCCCGUUCACUAAAGAAAGUUCUGUUAAUGUCAACGGAAAGACCAAACCCUGGGAGAGCUUCAUUGCUGAGGAGUUUGCCCAGCAGUUCCAUGAAUCGGUACUGCAGUCCACCCAAAAAGCCCUGCAGAAGAGUAAAGGUGGUGCCUUGGUCAUGUCAGAACAGAACAACGCGGUAGAUUCAUCUGUGCAUUAUAACAUUCCUGAGCUCCAGAGCACACCAGGUCGGUCCAAACCCCACCCGCAUCCUCCUUCAUUGCAACCCAAUGGACAGCACUGCCCCUCACAGCCAUCCCGCCAGGAGCUCUCCACAGAGGAGUCUGAGGAAGAGGAUGAGGAUGAAGAAGAUGACACCGAGGAGGACGAGCCCACUACAUCUAGGUGGCAGGGCAUUGAAGCCAUUUUUGAAGCCUAUCAAGAGUAUGCAGAAGAGCAAAGCAUUGAGCGACAAGUUCUCCACAGUCAGUGCAGACGGCUGGAAGUGCAUCACUAUAAUCUCAGUCUAACUGCUGAACAGCUCUCACACUCAAUGGGGGAGCUGAUGGCUCAGAAGCAGAAGCUUGCGGCAGAAAGGGAGAACCUACAGGCAGAGCUGGAGCACUUUAAGAAGUGCCUGAUGCUGCCACAGAGCCCCUGGUCUAGGAGUCACUUCAAGGGCUAUCCACCCAGGUGACACUCUACGGCACCACCUCCCACAUCCCUUACAAACCCCCAAACACAGGCCACUUCCAAAGCCUGGAUAGUGAUGGUGAGGAACAGAAAAUCUGGCCCACAAAUUUGCCAUCCCCUGACCUCCCUUGUGAUGCCAUCCUGUGGGAAAAUUACUCAUGAACAAAUGUCAAAGACUCUGAACGCCUCCAACUCGCAGGGACAGCCAUACUGCAUCAUCGAGAGAAAAGAAUGCCAGUCAAAACGCAGCUCAACCCACCUGCCAUCUCUUUACCGUGGAGGUCAUGCCUAGAAAUGCACUUAAAGACACAAAAAAAAAAAAAAAAAAAAACCUGAAGAACUAUCUGGAGGUACUGUGUUAUGACAGACUACUCUUUAUGAUCUAGGGAAGGAAAAAAAAAAAAACAUCAAAUAAAGGAAAAUGUUUUAUUUCAAGAUUUAGAAUAAAGUUUUUUAAAGAGGUGCUUCAGCAUUGUAUUGUAAAUAAUUUCAAAACAAUGAAAAAAAAAUUUUUGUAUGUUUUUAAUUCUUUGAAGAAAAAAAAAAAAAAAAAAAAAGCCUGCCAUUUUUUUUUCUAAUAUAUUAAUGCUUUUGGGCGUUAAAAAGGUUUACUUUUUAGUUUUUGCUCUGCUGCUGGUCAGAAUAACCUUUUCAGGACUCGUGGAGUGAUGAUAUCACUUGCUUUUCGCCUGAACUUCAGUAGCAACAGCCCCAGGACGUGCCGCCAAGAUUUUUCCCUCAAGGCCAUGCUCUACAGGAUAACUUGAGCCCUGCAUUCUGAUCACAUACCCACUGAUACUGUAGGACCCAGGAUGUCUACUGUCUUAUUAUUGGCUAGUGGUCACUCGUCUCUCAAUGUUCCAGACUGCUAAACUCAGUUUUGUUUCGUUUUUUUUUUUUUUUUUUUUAUCAUGAAGCAGCAUGCAGCCUCUUUUUGGAUUUCUGUUUCAUUCAAUUUCAUUCAUUCUUUUUGAUAUAAUGUGAUUAUUCUGAAAUCUAUAUCUCACUUGUGUGCACAGAGGGCUCAAAAUUAAAGCCUCAAAUUAAAACCAUAAAUAAUGUUGUACAAUAAAAACGACAAUUUCUUUCGUAUGAAAAACAUUUUUGCCAUUGACAAUUAGUGUGCCAAAUUUUCAGAGGUGGCAUGCCAAAUGUUGAAAGCAAAGCUUGAUCAUGUCUUUGAUCAUGUCAAUCAAGAUUAAAGUCAGUCCUGCUGAGAGUUAAUUGAAAAACUACAAAGUCCACAACCCCUCCCCCUUUCCCAAAAUGCCCGAACACGUUCUUGUUUGCCAAGAUUUUUUUUUUAUAUAUAUAUAUCCAUUGCAUACGAAUGAUGCAUUUUAAUAUGACCAUGAGUCAUUGACAAAAAUAUGAAUAUGGGCCUUAAAUGAACUCUGACUGCCUGUAAUAUCUUUAAUUUUCUACCUUUUUUAUAUUAUUCUCUUAGAUGAUGUAGAAUCUGGGAAUGACACACCUGUUUGUUUUCCUGCCACUUAACCCAACCUCCAUCACUUGUGCCGCACACCACAUGUAUCUCAUGUAUGCAGUACCACAUACAGCAUGCAGUUUUAGACGGACCGCACACCAUUUUUUGAUCAGAAUUUAGUGCAAGGGUAAAACACAGAGGUAUCUCAAAUGCGUCUUUGGAGCACAGGUGAGGAGUUUGCUUGCCAUUCAUUUAGGCUAUGCUGACCCCGAGCAGGCGUGCCAUCAGUGUGCUCACUGUGUGUGUGUGUGUGUACCUGCUUCACAUGAAGCACUACCACUGCCUGAUGAGAGCGUAUACAAACCUCCCCAGACACACACACACACACACACACACACACACACACACACACACACACACAGUCACGCCCAAACUUAAUGGAGGAUAUUAUAUGCUGUGAAACCAUGGGGUUUUUUGUUUGUUUUUCUUUUUUUGUUAUUUUAUUUUUUUAUGUACUUGUUUGGAUUUAUUGUAAUGUAAUAUAUUCUUUGUUGAGUGUAGUAAUUAGGUAUUUAUGGAUAUAUUGCUGUAAUUUCAGACAAAAAAAUUAAAUAUUGCAAAAAUGUG